CACUGUAAUCGCCUUAAAAGCGCCCCGCCCCGCCUGCCCGCCGCGCACACCCGGCUACCUGGGCUGCCCCGAGGAGCUGCCUUGGGCGGGAGAUCCAGCGGGACCCAGUGAGUCGGCUUGAGCCGCCGUGUGCCCCUGGUGGGUGUGAGCCGGUGCUGAGGGUGCCCGAGUGCGCGCGGGGGGGUGGAGUCCCGAGCGCACACAGCAGCCAUGAGAACGAGAGCCUGGGCCCCGCUCUGGUUGCUGCUGGCCGCCGCCGCCCAGCUGUCCCGGCAGCAGCCCCCGGAGAGACCUGUUUUCAGAUGUGGUGGCAUUCUUACUGGAGAGUCUGGAUUUAUUGGCAGUGAAGGUUUUCCUGGAGUAUACCCUCCAAAUAGUAAAUGCACUUGGAAAAUCACAGUUCCUGAGGGAAAAGUAGUUGUCCUUAAUUUUCGAUUCAUAGACCUUGAGAGUGACAACUUGUGUCGCUAUGACUUUGUGGAUGUGUACAAUGGCCACAUCAAUGGCCAGCGCAUUGGACGCUUCUGUGGCACAUUCCGACCUGGAGCCCUGGUAUCCAGUGGGAACAAGAUGAUGGUGAAGAUGAUUUCUGAUGCCAAUACAGCAGGGAAUGGCUUCAUGGCCAUGUUCUCUGCCUCUGAACCAAAUGAAAGAGGGGACCAAUAUUGUGGAGGACACCUUGAAAGACCUUCAGGCUCUUUUAAAACCCCCAACUGGCCAGACCGGGAUUAUCCUGUAGGAGUCACUUGUAUAUGGCACAUCAUAGCCCCCCCAAACCAGCUUAUAGAAUUAAAAUUUGAGAAGUUUGAUGUCGAGCGAGAUAACUACUGUCGAUAUGAUUUUGUGGCUGUGUUUAAUGGUGGAGAAGUCAAUGAUGCUCAGAGAAUUGGAAAAUAUUGUGGCGACAGUCCACCCGCACCUAUUGUAUCUGAGAGAAAUGAACUUCUUAUUCAGUUUUUAUCAGACUUAAGUUUAACGGCAGAUGGAUUUAUUGGUCACUACAAAUUCAGGCCAAAAAAAUUGCCUACAACUACAGCAGCACCCGUUACCACUACAAACCCAGGAACUACAAGUUUAAAACCAACUGUGGCCCUCUGUCAACAAAAGUGUAGACGGACAGGGACUCUGGAGAGCAAUUAUUGUUCAAGCAACUUUGUAUUAGUUGGCGCUGUUAUCACAACCACCCCUCGGGGUGGGAGUUUGCAAGCCACAAUCUCACUCAUCAACAUCUAUAAAGAGGGAAACCUGGCAAUUCAGCAGGCUGGCAAGAACAUGAGCGCCAAGGUUACUGUGGUCUGCAAGCAGUGCCCUCUCCUCAGAAGAGGUCUAAAUUACAUCAUUAUGGGCCAAGUAGGUGAAGAUGGGCAAGGCAAGAUCAUGCCAAAUAGCUUUGUCAUGAUAUUCAAGACCAAGAAUCAGAAGCUUUUGAAUGUUUUAAAAAACAAGCAAUGUUAACAGUGAACUGUGUCCAUUUAAGCUGCAUUCUGUUGUUGCUUUUGAAAGGUCUGUCUUCCCUAAGUAGCAAAAAAGCCCAGAUGAUUUAACAUUGAGCGUUUUGAAAGGCUGGACUGUUUUACUCUUCACAUGAUGUAGGUGUGAGACCUCCAAUGGCCCUGAUGCAAGUUCUGAGCCUGCACUGAGAAGAGCAGAGAGCUGAAAACCUGCUGACUUAGUGCGGUGAUAGGAAACGCGCAGUAUCAAGUGUUGACAGCUUGAAAGUAGUUUAUUUGUACAUCUCUGUAAAAGGAUAUUAUGAGUUGUGUGAAGGUAUAAAAAGAGAUUUUAUAAGUGCAAUAUUUAUAAUGAUACAUGUCUUACCUUCAGCAUUUGCUCUGAGGUGUUACAUUCUUCUCUUGCAUUUUUAAGUCAGUGCUUAAUAAAAUAUUUUUAAAUGAUUA